AUGUCAUUGGUCUCUCAAUACGACACCGAUAGCAGCGACGAAGAGGAACAAAGCACCACCACCACCACCAAUAACAAUUAUAAUAUAGCAGCACCACCCCCAACAGCCACAAUAAAAAAUGAACCGAGAACUGUCACUUUAGGAGGAUUAAAUAGUAAAUUAGGGCAAAAGAAACCCAAUGGUUCUAAUGGUAGUGGUGCAGACAAUCUUCAAAAUAAAGAUAAAUUAAGUAUCAAUUUUAACUUUUUCAAAGACCAAGAUGAAAAUGAAAAAGAUAGCGAUAAUGACGAUUCAUUUCGUAACCCAGAUUUAAAAAAUAAGCCAACCUCAUCAUCACAUUCAUUAUUUUCCAUGCUCCCAGAACCAAAAACCAAAUCUACUGAACCACCAAAACCAAAUCCACCAUCUAGCUCAUCAUUAUUUUCAAUGCUUCCAAAACCAAAAUCAAAUAGUUCAAACUCAGCACCAUCAUUAAAUAAUGAUAAUGAAAGUAAUAAUAACUCUGAAACCUUUGUAAAUAAUUCCGAAAAAGAUGACAAUGAAAUAAAACAACAAAGUGAAACUAAAGAUGAAAAUAUUAAAACCGAUGAAAAUAGGAAAUUAAUUAAUAACUCAAUGAUACCAGGCUCAUUGAGAAAGAAACUAUUAAAAAAUCAACCAAAAUCAAAAACUCCUGCCAAAUCCCCCAAUAAACCUAAUAACACAAUAACAACUAUUGCUGCAAUUACAACUACUACUACAACCACAACUACAUCCAACGAUAAUAAUAGUAAUAAUAUAAUAAAUAAAGUUCAACAAUUAAAUGAAGAAGCCGCUGAAGAAGAUGAUGGAUUAUUCUUUUCCUUUCAACCAACUAAUAAAAAACAAGAGACUACAAAUAUAAAUAACUCACAACAAGAAGAGGAAAUCGACUAUUCUGAAUAUAUAAAUAAUGAGGAUGAAGACGAUAAUAAUGAUAAUAAUAACCAAAAUGAUAGCGAAACAGAAGAACAGUAUCCUCAACAACAACAAUGGACACAAGAGCAAAUUGAAGAGUAUUGGAAAGUAUAUAAUGCGCAGCAACAGCAACAAGAACAACAACAACCACAAUUUGAUAUCAAUAAUCAACAUCAAUACAAUAAAUAUUAUGAAUUUCAUAAUGCAGAUAAAAUUAUCGAAGUCAAUCAAUCAAAUAUUUCAGCAGAUAAUAACACAAACGAAAAACUUUUGGAAAUUAGGAAGAGAACACUAGAACAAGAGAAAUCCAAAUCAGGCGGUCCAAGAGUAUCAAAACAACAAAAAUAUAAACAUCAAAUUACCUCACUUCUUGGCCACUAUCAAGAAAGAAAGCAAAUGGCAAACGACAACAGAGCCCAAAAUAUUUUAAAGAAAUAG